CUACUGUCAGUAAUUCACUGUUUUCACCGAAACUGCACAUCCCUAGUCGCAACUCUCUUUGCAUUCGUUAUUAUUCUGACAUACAUCUAUUUGAAACGUGGUUACUCUCCAUCACUAGAUGAUCUAUCAGGAGUAAAAUCACAUAUAUUUUUCGGUAAUCUCAUUAAUUCUGGUAUAUUGACAGGAAAAUCAACAUCUCGUCAAGUUGUGCUCGAUUAUCAACGUCGUUUUGGUGACAAAUUUCAAUAUUGGUUCAGUUCACAUCGAUGUUUAGUUUUCUGUGAACUAGAACAUGCACAAAUCAUACUUGCCGAUCGUCAUACUUUCGAACAAUCGCCAUUAUUUUUUGGAAACAUUGUUCUUAUUUGUUCGAAUGACAUUAUAAUCUUGACUAGUGCUAAAUGGAAACGACAUAUACGAGUUUUGUUACCGAUGUUGAGACGAGCAAAGAUUAUCGGUCAUUUAGAGACGAUUGUUCAAUGUGCUGAUCGUUUUAUUGAUCAAAAUUUUCAUCCUGAUCAAGUUCAUCGAGAUUUAGUCUCAUCCUGUCAAUCAUUUGCAAUGAAUGUCAUUGGACUCAUUGAAUUCGGCUGCGACUUCGAUAUGUAUGCUGAUUCACUAAUAAAAGAAGCUUUUUAUGAUAUUACAUCCUAUGCCAUGUGA